UGUUGGGACGGACGCCCGGAAACCACUGCACUGAAUUCAGUUACUAUAGCUACUACUGUAGUGACCAUGGAAAUGCUACGGAGGACUGGUCUGGUCUGCACUGUCAUCGUCGUCAUGGUUGCCGCCGAGGUCGCAGGAGGUCACAGGGAUGAGUUCGCUCAAUCGCAAGCUGCCUUCCUGUCCAGUCUGGGCCAGUAUGAAAUCGCCAUCCCAGUACGUGUAGGACCUAAUGGCGAGACGCUGGAAGCAGAAACGCCUCAACACCAACGAAGAAGAAGACGCAGCACUGAAGAGAAGCCUCCUGACUCUCUCUUCUACCAGCUGUCCACAUCACGUAACAACUUCAUGCUCAACCUGACGCUGCAGGGAGGCCUGCUGUCGCGGCAGUUCAGGGUCGAGUACUGGAAGAGGGGCAGAUUAGCCUGGAGUCACCCGUACUCUCCCCACUGCCACUACAUAGGACACCUGCAAGACCAGCCGCACUCCAGCAAAGUGGCCCUGAGCAACUGCAACGGCCUGCAGGGGGUGAUUGUUGCGGGGGGAGAGGAGUACCUGAUUGAACCCCUUGUCUCAUCAGAUAACCAGACCAGCAGGACGGAGAGGGGGGAGAGGGCAGAGGGGCGCCCCCAUGUGGUUUACAAGCGGUCAUCGCUUCGCCAUCAGUACAAGGGCCUAUCCUGCGGAGUCAUCGAUGAGAAGCCGAUGAAGGGGGCGUCAUGGUGGCAGCGGACGCUGAAGACGCCCCCUCACCACGUCGGUCGCGGCCAGCUGCCUCUGAAGCGCUCGGUCAGCCGGGAGCGCUACGUGGAGACGCUGGUCGUGGCCGAUAAGAUGAUGGUGGGUUACCACGGCCGCAGGGACAUCGAGCAGUACAUCCUGGCUGUCAUGAAUAUUGUUGCCAAACUGUUCCAGGAUUCUAGCCUGGGGAAUGCAGUCAACAUAGUGGUGACACGGCUCAUCCUGCUCAUGGAAGAUCAGCCGACACUGGAGAUCAACCACCAUGCUGGGAAGUCUUUGGACAGCUUCUGCAAGUGGCAGAAAAAGUUUGGGAUGAACCAUGACGGGAUGGGGAACGCCUGCGGCCCCCGCAGCCAGGAGACCGCCAAGCUGAUGGCCGACCACAUUACUAUGAAAACGAACCCGUUCAUCUGGUCGGCCUGUAGCCGGGAUUACAUCACCAGCUUCCUGGACUCUGGUAUGGGCUCCUGUCUGAACAACGUCCCCCCCAAGCAGGAGUUUGUGUACCCCACCACGGCACCAGGUCAGGCAUACGAUGCCGACGAACAGUGCCGCUUCCAGUACGGCAUGAGAUCUCGACAAUGUAAAUACGCGGAAGUCUGCAGUGAACUAUGGUGCAUGAGUAAAAGCAACCGUUGCAUCACCAGUAGCAUUCCUGCUGCAGAGGGAACCAUCUGUCAGACCAACACAAUAGAGAAAGGGUGGUGCUACAAGAGGUUGUGUGUGGUGUAUGGGACUCGUCCGGAGGGCGUGGACGGAGGCUGGGACUUGUGGUCGCCCUGGGAGGAGUGCAGCAGGACGUGUGGAGGUGGAGUCUCCUCUUCUGUCAGACACUGUGACAGCCCCAGGCCAACCAUCGGUGGAAAGUAUUGUCUGGGGGAGAGAAAGCGUUUCAGGUCCUGCAAUAUUGAUGAGUGCCCCGCAGGCUCUCGGGAUUUCAGGGAGAUUCAGUGCUCCGACUUUGACAGCGUUCCUUUCCGGGGGAAAUUUUACACCUGGAAGCCAUACAGAGGAGGUGGAGUGAAGUCGUGUUCUCUCAACUGCCUGGCCGAAGGUUACAACUUCUACACGGAGCGAGCUCCAGCUGUGGUGGACGGCACGCCCUGCCGAGAUGACUCCCUGGACGUGUGCGUAAAUGGGGAGUGUAAGCACGUAGGCUGCGAUCGCAUCCUCGGCUCCGACGUUCGCGACGACCGGUGCCGGAUCUGUGGAGGUGACGGGAGCAGCUGCACGACUGUGGAGGGCCUCUUCAACGACUCGCUGCCCGAAGGAGGUUACGAAGAAGUGGUCCGAAUCCCCAAAGGAUCAGUGUUCCUCCACAUACAAGAGCUCAACAUCUCCCUCAACUACCUUGUGCUGAAGAGUAAAGGUGACCAGUAUUUCAUCAAUGGGAAGCUGACCAUCGACACACCGCGCAGGUUCGAUAUCGGCGGUACCACCUUUCACUACCGGCGGCCCACUGACGGACCAGAAACUCUUGAAGCUCUGGGGCCAACAAACAUAACCCUUAUUGUCAUGGUGCUGGUGAGGGAGGAGAACCCAGGGAUCCACUAUCGUUUCAACCCCCCGCUCAACAGGGACCCGCUGAGCGGUUUUGCCUGGAACCACAACUCCUGGUCCCGGUGCUCAUCCGUCUGCGCCGGAGGUGCUCAGAUCCAGCAGGUGGUGUGCAGGAAGCAUUCGGAUCAUUCAGUCGUCUACAACCACUUCUGUGACAAGAAGAACAAACCCAAAGAGAAGAAGAGAUCCUGCAACACUGAGCCGUGCUCCCCGAGCUGGUGGACAGGAGACUGGUCGGAUUGCAGCCGCAGCUGUAACGGAGGCCUGCGAAGUCGGGAGGUUUUAUGUAAAAGGAGAAUCUCUGCAACAGAGGAGAAAGUCCUGGAUGACUCAGCCUGCACCCCCACUCGCCCCUCGCUCACUGAGCCCUGCAGCAACCACAGCUGCCCCCCCGAAUGGCUGGCCCUGGACUGGUCAGAGUGCACGCCCAGUUGUGGUCCUGGCUUCAGGCACCGUGUGGUCUUGUGUAAGAGCGGGGAGAGCGGGGACACGCUGCCAGAGUCUAAGUGUCCCAAGCACGGCCGGCCCACCUCCAGGGUGCGCUGUAACCUGCAGCGCUGCCCUCCCCCUCAGUGGGUGACGGGUCCCUGGGGAGAGUGCUCCGCUAAGUGUGGCCUGGGUCAGGAGAUGCGUUCAGUUCAGUGUCUUGCUCACACCAGUCAGCUGUCCAUGGACUGUCUGGAGCACCAGCGACCAGCAGCCAUGCAGCAGUGCAAGAGCAAAUGUGACCUCAGUCUGCCCGUCAGUACGGACAACCCGGAAGGCCGUAUGUCAGAGGAUCUCAGGGAGUCUUUGAACAAUCAAGAGUGUAAAGAUGUGAACACUGUGGCCUACUGCCCCCUGGUGCUCAGGUUCAAGUUCUGCAGCCGGCCAUAUUUCAGACAAAUGUGCUGCAAGACGUGCCAGGGACACUGACACCAUGAAGCCACGCAGCAUCCGUCUCCGGGUCGUGUCCACACUCACACACAGUACGCCUGAGAACCUCCCACUGAGCCGUGUAGCAGCAGCCCUCACGCUACCUCUGUCGGAGGAGUGAGAGACAGACCAUACCGCCGCGGUGCUGCCAGACUGACCUGGUCCUGUGUCUGGUCUGAUGGGACCUUUUCCAGCCAGAAUCCAGACCAGACGCCCCUCUGGGCCGAGCCGGGCCAAAAAACUGCCCGAGCGGAGUUAAAACAUUCCACUGGAGGCAGGGCUGCUGAGAGCUGGAGAGACAGAGAGAGGGAGAGACCUCCCUCCUUCUUCUUUUAGGAUGAACCCUCUCUCUCUGUCUCUUGAAACCGUCUCUCUCUUGUAAUAUUUUGGUGCUACUUAUAUUUGUCUUUGGCCACAGGACUGGUUGCAGGUUGUCUUUGAUUCAGUGGCCUGAUUUUCUUAAACCUGUAUGUUUACAGGUGAUAUCGGAAUAGCUAUGAAUUAUAAAACAACACAAAAUCCACUUUGUAAAGAAAAUGAUUUUCCAAAUAUAUUUGCCCAUGAAAAGGAACAUGCUAUAUGAUGAAAUGUACGAUUUCUCCAUGUUAUCUGAUAGUUGUUACUUGAGCUCGUUGUUUUGUGCUAUUGCUUUGUUGUGUAUCAUCGUAUCCACCACGUCCUCACUGUCAGUCAGCUGAAGUAUGAGUUUGAUUUGCACAGUGUGUCAGCAGUGAGAGGACGUGUGAAUUUAUGUCUGUUCUCGACUUGACGUCUACAUGGAAGCUACAACCGCCUCACUGCGGUGAACCUGCCGUACUCUUGCCGUUUUUGGGGUUUAAUUUGUUCACACAUCAACACUACCUUCAGUAAUGUGAGCAGAGCCUGUGCUCACAUCACCUGGACUUUUUUUUUACAUUAUGGGAUGUUAUAUUUUGUUGUGGCUGCAGACAGGGGUUUUAAAAAGGAACUUUAACAGCUCGGCUUAGUGUCAUUAUCUGAAUUUUUUUUUUUUUUAUUGUAAGAGAGUGUGUUUUUGCCACAUGUAACCCCUCUCUCGCCAGCUCUUGUAACUCUUACCAUGAGUGGAAAUUCAGAGCACAGUGAGACACGGCGAUCCAGUCUCUGCCAGCAGGAACAGGCCCAGUGUGGAGGAGUGACCACCUCUGACCGCACUGCUUUCAAACAGCCUUUAAUCCACAGAGCGCUAAUCUGAGGAUGGAUUUACACUCACAUUAAACAUCAGAUUUCUUAGUGGCACAGAUCAUUGCUGCAUGAGAACAUUCAAAAUGCUGGGACAUGCAGUUUUUAAAGGUUCAGUGUGUAGACUUUAGUGACACCUAGUGGUGAAGUUGCAUGUUGCAGAAUGCCCCUCCCCUUCCAAACAUGAAAGAGAACCUGUGGCAGCCUUCAGUUGUCCUGAAAACUCAAAAGUUGUUUAGUUUGUCCAGUUUGGGCUACUGUAAAAAACAUGGCGGCCUUGGAAUGGACCCGUUCCCGAUGUCAAUAUAAAGUGUUAAAAUGUAAAGGGUAUAAUAAUAAUAAUAAUAAAUCAAUUUCACAUGAAUCUUACACACUGGACCUUUAAAUCAGAGUUUAUACAAACUGAUCUUACUGCAUGUAAAUGUUAAACCUGUAAUAACUGAAUUUUACCUUUUAAAUUCAAUAACAUGUCAUACCGUACAUAAAGUUCCUUAUUCCCACAUCCAGCAGUUACAGAGCAACGUUAUCCUUCAUUUAAAUUCCUGUCGGUGAAUCUGAAGUCCAAUAACCAUCAACUCCUCAGGGGAAUUAUCUGUUUUCAGCUGCUAAAUGCUACACUGUGUUCACAAGCCAGUGACUAAUUGUGUCCGUCUGCUGUUUGGUGCCAAGCAGCUAGUUUACAGUUGGUUUUUAGAGUUUAAAUUGUUCUGAAUCAGCUGUUUGGGCACAGUGAGAGUGAAGCAAAACACAGAAGUUGUGGAGUGGACAGUCAAAGAACGAUGUGACCCUAACCCUCUGGGCCCAACAGUCCCCUUAUCAACCCCCAUUUGAAUUCACUAGAUCCUGAUUUUCAGAUUCCACACACUUAUAAACAUCAGUCCACUAAACAUGGCUGAUUUUUUCUUUCAUCAAGAUCCAUGAUCCAGAGCAGAACCACAAUUUGAGUGGUUCUUUUCAGACCCGUAACGCAUCCUUCCACCAAGUCUCAUGAAAAUCUCUUAAACAGUUUUGGCGUAAAAAUCGAACUAAUGCAGAUUCCUUGGUGGUGGUAAAUAUUGCUGAUCAUGUGGUUUAACAGAUCAACACAUUUUGCAUAUUGGUGGAUGCUGGAUUUAUAAAAAAAUAAUCUGAAAAUAACUUCAAAGACUGACUAAUAAGGUCUCCAUGCUCUUGAGUAGGAUGGACGUCACCUGAUCCAGUGCUGUGUGGCACAGAUUUCAUUCAGGAGUAGUGACGCAUUUAAAGUUGCUGUUUCAGCCGUCUCUCCAUCCUGCAGAGAGUAUUCUUAGAAAUGUCUGAUAUCUGACAACAUCACUUCUCCCAUGUCCACUGUGCCCUGAAGUCUGAGCUGUGGCCGCCGACACACACACUGAUCACUUAGUGUCACAUCAUUUCAUUGUAAAAGGAGAAGGCUACAGCAUGUCUCUGUGGGGACGAGCUGCAAUCUUGUUCCUUUUUUUUCUUUCGGUGCUUUGGUUUGGUUUGGUGCUAUUACUUCACUGUUGUUGUCAUUGUUUCCGAGUUGUAGUUUUAACAGUUUAAUUGUCUAGAAAUCUGUUUGAGCCUGUUGUAAUGGAACCAGAGCUGGCCUGAGGUGGGAGAGUGCAGCUGCUCGGGGGGCCCUCUGGGAUCGUCUGCUCAUUUUUAUCAUAAUUUCCAUUCCGUGACUCCGUUAAAGGGGCAGAAACGUGCUCCAUUAAUGCAAUGUUCUUGGUGUUCAUUAUACAAAAUGAUUUCCAAGUGCUCCAGCAGUCUUUUGGAUGUGUUCAGCUUUGGCCAGCCGGGCCAAUCCAAUGAAAUGUUCAGUCGAGUCAUGUCAUCAGAGUGUGCAGCCGCCCUGCUGUUAUUCAGGACUGAGAAAGGUGGAAAUACUAUUUAUGACAUUUUCAGAUGCACAUUUUACAGUUUCAGAAGAUAUUUCAAAGAGUAAUUGCCAGAGAUCCUCGUGUUUCAGUGUUUUUCUCUCCAUCUACCUGGGCCUAUAAUAAAUGUUCACACUGAGAGGUGGACUUGUCAGACUAAAUAAGAGGGACGAUAGACUUUUGUUUUUCACAUGCUAAUUAUAACAUGACAUGUACUGUACUUUGUUAUAGAAGAUGAAACCAUUUGUCCCCUAUGUACAUCUUUUUCAAAAGGAAAUAUUAAAGCGAUUAAACAUUGUUGAU